ACGUGGUAGUAGCUGCUUCUUAAUCGCAGUACAUUUGCUACAGGACGUAUUUGGAACCACGACUUUCUCCCAAAUUGCCUGACAGGAUUGAGAUGUUACAUUUUAGGUUUUCGACAGUGCUGAAGGAGUUGUUUGAAGCCACCCUCAAGCGUCCCUUGCCUGGCUGUAGACAGAAGACCUGGUUACCGACCCGCCACUGCCGCUUCGGCACCGCCUCCGUUGAUGCCAGAGCUGUAUCCACUCAACUGAAGGUCCCCCAUGCCGCUGCGCACCGCCCGGCUCUCCGCACCGCGCCCUUCGCCACCCCGUUCCGCUCGUACUGCGCGAAAACGGAGGGUGCCGUGGAGCUUGACGAACAGGUGAAGAAGGAUGGAGGCGUCAGUGAAGCAGCCAGCGACAAAAGAAGAAAUGCAGGCAUUCUCCCCAGUCUGGAGGAUUUGCUCUUCUACACAGUUGCAGAAGGUCAAGAGAAGAUUCCUGCUCAUAAAUUUCUCACAGCACUUAAGGCCACAGGGCUUCGCACUGGAGAUCCGCGGCUGAAGGAGUGCAUGGAAACCCUCAAAGAAACUCUAAAGAACACAUCAGAUGGCGUAACGCUGGACAGGCACCUAUUCAAGAGGUGUGUCCAGAGCAACAUUGUCCUGCUCACUCAGGCCUUCCGAAAGAAGUUCGUCAUCCCAGACUUCCAGUCCUUCACCUCCCAUAUUGAUGAGCUGUAUGAGAAUGCCAAAAAUCUCUCUGGAGGACAGGUUGCAGAUUACAUUCCUCAGCUUGCCAAAUUCAGUCCUGACCUGUGGGCCGUCUCUCUCUGCACAGUUGACGGACAGAGACACACAGUAGGAGAUACCAAGGUCCCUUUCUGUCUGCAGUCUUGUGUCAAGCCUCUAAAGUAUGCCGUUGCUGUCCAUGACCAUGGCACAGAGUACGUGCACAGUUUCAUUGGAAAGGAGCCCAGUGGCCUGCGCUUUAAUAAGCUCUUCCUGAAUGAUGAUGAUAAGCCCCAUAACCCCAUGGUGAAUGCUGGCGCUAUUGUUUGUACUUCACUGAUAAAGCAAGGUGCAAGCAAUGCAGAAAAAUUUGACUAUGUCAUGAGCUUUCUCAAAAAGAUGGCAGGAAAUGAGUAUGUGGGUUUCAGCAACGCCACAUUCCAGUCGGAGCGUGAGUCAGGAGACAGGAACUUUGCCAUCGGCUACUACCUUAAAGAAAAAAAGUGUUUCCCAGAGGGGACAGACAUGACAUCUGUAUUGGACUUCUACUUUCAACUAUGUUCCAUUGAGGUGACCUGUGAGAGCGCCAGUGUCAUGGCAGCCACACUAGCUAACGGUGGUAUCUGCCCAAUCAGCGGCGAGCGCGUGCUGAGCCCCGAGGCAGUGAGGAACACCCUGAGUCUGAUGCACUCCUGUGGCAUGUACGACUUCUCAGGACAGUUUGCCUUCCAUGUCGGUCUGCCAGCCAAGUCUGGAGUAGCAGGGGGGAUCCUGCUGGUUGUUCCCAAUGUGAUGGGUAUUAUGUGCUGGUCGCCUCCACUAGACAAGCUGGGCAACUCAGUCAGGGGAAUACAGUUCUGCACGGAUCUCGUGGAGCUUUUCAACUUCCACAACUAUGACAACCUGAGACACUUUGCCAAGAAACACGAUCCUCGCAGAGAAGGAGGGGAUCAGCGGGUCAAGUCUGUUAUCAACCUGCUGUUUGCUGCCUACACAGGAGACGUCUCUGCCCUGAGGAGGUUUGCCCUGUCAUCCAUGGACAUGGAGCAGAGGGACUACGACUCCAGAACGGCCCUCCAUGUGGCAGCAGCUGAAGGGCACACGGAGGUGGUCCGCUUCCUGCUGGAGGCUUGCAAGGUGAACCCAGUACCCAGAGACAGAUGGGGGAACACGCCGAUGGAUGAAGCGGUGCACUUUGGCCACCUCGAUGUGGUCACCAUCCUGCAGAACUACCAUGACAAAUACAGCCCCCCUCCUGGGGCUGACGACAAGGAGAGUGCUGAGAAGAGCCUGGACAGCCUGCUGUAGACCUGCCACACAACGCUACUAUACUUUAGGUUUCAGCAGUGGUACACUGCGCUUUUCUGGAAUAACUCUGUACAUCUGCGAUCAGACAUUUGAAAUGUGCGAGGAGUUGGUUAUUUGCUUCCCGCUGUCGCUGUGUCUUGCCUGGUGUGCUUCGCUCUCUGCCCUGUACAUCACUGCUCUGCUUCGUUUCCCUUCCUCACCUCUGUCAUAAUGUGUGUUGUAUGUGUGAGUGAGCACCUUGUCGCUACUGUUUAAACAAAUGAUACAAUAUCUAAAUAUCUGUAAUGCAGUAUAUUUUUCAUGUAAUCUUUCAGGACUGUAAAACAUAUCUGUGCUAUCACGGGUUAGUGUAUUAGUUUAGUUACAGUAUAGUUCUGUUUAUACUCUGACCUACCUGGUAAUAUUUUGGUAAUACUCAGACUGUGUUAUUUUUGUGAGAUAGUGUAGAGUUGUUUGAAAAUUCUGGUAUAAAUUGUACGAUGUGUCUCUUAUGCUAACGCUGCCGUUCUGGGCUCGUUUGAUCUCCGUGCACCUGCAUCUGUUUUCGUAUUGUUCUCCUGACUGCUGCGAGGUCAUCGGCAGGUUUUUUUUACAAAGUUCCACAUCUUCUUUGAAGUCGCUGAAAGAUUGUAUUCUGAAUGUAUUUUCCAGUGGCAACGCUUGCAGAAGCAGUGGGUAUUUAUUUCACAGAAAGACUUUUUAAUGCGUCAAAUUGAAGACAUGAGAGCGCGUUGUUUGUUGCAUUUGCGAUAAAGGAACCAUUGGUUUCUUUAUUUUUGUUGGCACAGUUACAUUUUUUGUGUAUGUUUCAUGGGUUUUUAAACUAGACAAAGAAUGCUGAUAAUAUAAUGUUGAUAAUGUUCAAAAGCAGGUGGGUCAUCUGCCGUCCACCCCCACAUCCUCCAUCCCUUCCCAUCGACAAUGCCAGCAGGCAAAUUCUUUCCAAUUCUUUGACUCCAUAGGCAAAAUAUAUAUUUCUGCAACCUGGUUUUAUUACAUGCUGCUGGUAUUGACAUUUCCUGCACACAACAAUUUCGCCAACAGCACCUGGAAAGUCUGAGCUGCCUUCUUGCAUUAAUUCUUACCCAAAUGCUUUUCCCAGUGCUUUCGAUUUCUAAGCGGUUUCAUUGAGAUCUAAACUGAAUGUGUGCCUGUGUGUGUGUGUGUGUGUUUUCUUCUUUUACAUACAUGACUUGCUGUGUGACAGCUUGAACUUUAGAAACAGCGAUUCUUUCAUCUUGAAAAACUGAGUAACAAGAGUGAGCACAAAGUCCACACAGGAGGGACAAAAUAUUAAUUGGGCAACUCUUUGGAGUCUCUGAGGUGACAAAUGUCAACAACACUGAACGAGUUAAAGGGGAAAUUGAGCACAUUAAAUAAAUGAAGGUGGUUAAAUAAUUUGUUUUAAAAUUUAAAAAAAAAUGUUAUACAGUGUUAAAAAAAGUUAUAUGUCAACUGAAAUGAGGUGAUUAAAAAAAAUGAAAACACUUAAUGAUACUUUCUAAUCUUUAACCGGCUCUCUUCACUUUUCCACCCCUCCCCCAAUGCAUUCUUAUCCUUAGCAGAUGUCAAAUAAUUUUUUUCUUUUUUUUGUUGCUCAUAUAAGGAGUUCAACAAGUAUUUAACUACUUUCAUUUACAAAUUCAGGGACAGUUACUGAUAUCACGAGGGACCAAACAUGCAACCACCCACUGUUAAUUAUUCAUCGAAGAGUCCAUCCAUCGAUUUAUCCUUUGAGGGUCGUGGGGACAUAAGGCGGGGGGGGGGCAACCUAUCCAGUCUGUAAUAGACUGGACAGGUUGCCAGUCUAUUACAGACAGACAGACAACCAGUCAAACCUUCACACCUACGGCCAAUUUACAGUCAAUCAACCUUACCUGCAUGUCUUUGGAUUGGGGAGGAAACCCAGGCAGAAAGGCCCUGGGCAAACCAGCGUUCCAACCCAGAACCUUCUCGCCCCACCGUGAUACCCAAUCAAUUAGGGAGAGUGUGCUUUCUGAAAUUACACGAACACCCAAGACAAUCAAAUUGAAAAGUAAUUAAAUCAUUCCCUGGACAGUACUUCGAGACACCCUUCUAAGAGUCUAUAGCCAUGCUAAGGGCUCUGUGAGGUUUACCAUGUUCACCCUUUUAUUUAAAACUUACUAAUUAACACUAAUAACACAGUACAGCUGAGGUUGAUGGGAACAUCGUCAUUUUUUCAGGUAUUUGGUCAGAAGUACAACUUUAUGGUGACUUUGGCUCACGACAGCCAACAGGAUUCAUCCUCUGGGGACCAAGUCUAUACCAAAUUUCAGAUAUUCAGUGGGGACCAACCA